CACCACCGUUCCAAUCCCACACCCGCACCUGCUCGCCGAAACCCUAGCCGCCGCCGCCCCCGCACCUUGGCCGACCCUCGGCCCGUCGAUAGCGAGGAGCCCUCAGCCCGUCGCCUGCCUUUACCGACAAAUCACAUGACCGCGUGCCCACCAAAUCCCAAAUCUCACCGUCUCCGCCCUCUCCCCGUCCCCUCCACCAAGAUCGCACCAAUCACCUCGAUGGCCGCUGCCGCACCGCCGCACGUCGCGGGGCUCCUGGCCGCCCUCGCCCAGCUCGCGCUCGCGCCCUCGACGGUGGCCGAGAUCCGGUCGAUGGCGAUCCGGGCCAACCCGCGCACUAUGAUCCCGUGCGAUGCGGGAGAGCGGCACGGCGGCGAAGAAACCUCGGCGACCAGACAACGGCGCAGGUUCACUCCGGUCUGGUGUGGUGAAUCUGCAGCGGCGGUCAGAUCAAGGCAAGGAGUAUCCUCCGGCAUGGGGCUGAUCCGGUUCCGGCUCUACACCGACGACGGCUGGUCCCAGUUCCUGUUCCAGGGGAGCUGUGUGUACAACCUGAGGAAGGACCUGGCCAUGCGUCUCCACCUGCCGCUGCCCCGGCGCCACACUGUUGUCAUGUGCGUCCGAGCGGGCCGCUACUGGAGGCUGACCCUGCUCAUCGUCGACCUGCCCCAUGGUGGCUCUGGCAAGACCCUCUAGGUCGUCGUCAUGUUGUCCGGGACCCCCGGGAUGGCAGGAUAAAAAUCUUUGGGGGUGAUAAUAUUGAAGGCAUCCUCCAAUCGCCAAAGGGCAUGCCAUACAAGUAUCUUCAGGUUUGGCAUCGAGGCUGACCGCCUCCUUCAGGUAGCAGACGCUCCUCCAUGCCAAGGUUCUCCCCUUCUCUGUUCCAUUUGGCCUAAUGUAGUUUUCUCACGCACGCACAUGGACUUGUUGCUCUGUUCAUAAAGUUGGUGUUGCUCUGUUCGUGCAGGGGCUGUUCGAGACGCAACUCCACAUGCAGCAACUCUGAUGUGCCAAGUUGUUCGAUGUGCGCAGCAUCGAUGAAGUGUUAGGCUAGGUUGAAGAAGAUGGUGAGUAAGGGGGAGCCUGUUGAGUACCGGUGCCUGGUCUGUGCCACCGAUGGCAAGAGGAACAUCUCCACCUUAGUAUUAUUCACUUUCUCUCUACUGCUGAUUCGACAUUAUGUCUACUGGAUGUGUUUUGCCUUGAUUCUGUGCCUGAUGGUAAUUAGGUUGCCAUUAUUUAGCCCCCUUGUGUGCUAUGAUUGUGAAUUAUAGAUCAGACAUUUGCAUAUUUCCUUCGUGUAUCUACUGUAUGAACUGAAACAACUCCAGUUUGCACACAUGCUAAAUAGAAUUUUUAUUGGUUGUUACUUCCAAUUGUGGACUGUUUGUUGGUGUUGAGAAAUUGAUAGGUAGGUCGUUAAAAUAUAAUGGAAGAACUUAUAUUAGAUUUUCAUUGGUUUCAGAAUGUCUGUUUCAUGGUCUUUUCUGAUAAUGGAAGAACUUAUAUUAAUCUGCUGCUUGUUGGUUUCUAUGUACUCCCUCCUUAAUUCAAAGCUAAGACACUUAUUUUUGAUCGGAGGGAGUACAUGCUUGUAACAGCCUUGAACUAGUCAUUUCAGAAUUCAGAUAGAAACUAACUUUUGGGGAGCCUUCUAUUCAGUCAUAGCCUUGACAUGGUCGACCCUUGACCCUCCGUGUUUUUCUUUACAAAAUUGGCCAUAGUUCUGUACAUGACGUGUUUGGUGCAUCUCUUUUCAGGUACGAGAUGGCUCUGACCAGAAUUGGUCUUGCUGGCAUCACCGUCAUGGGGCAGAACCUUGCCCUCAACCUUCUCUCGCUCCCUUUUUGCUCAGGCGGGGCGCAAGGAGACAUCGCUCAACCUGGCCAAGUUCAUCGACAAGAGCGUCCAGGUCAAGCUCACCGGCGGCCGCCAAGGUUGAUUCGAUUCGUACAGCCCAAAUCCCCUUGUUUUUCUUCUAUCCCGUCCCAGUGUUAUGAUAGAUACAUCGUCAGAUCCACUAGAGGGCUCCCUAUUUGUUUUGCGUUAGGCUCUGCCACCGUUGCAGUGUUUGGUGUCGAGAGAUUCAUAGAGAAUGAUGUGAACGUUACUAAAGCGACUUGUUUGUUCAGCAUAGAACAGUUAGAGCUUAGGAUGAGAGUUAUGACUUAUUUGUUCAGGGUAGAAAAUUUUGUUCUAUUAAAUUUUUGUCAAGGCUAACUUUGUACUAGAGCACUGCAUGGAGUACUAGAUUACGACAAAUGCAGAGUUUAUGUUUUCUUUAAACAGCAUGAUCAAUGUGGCUCUUGUGCAUUUAUAAGGAGAUAAUGUCCCUCCUUUCUUCUACA